GACUCUGAGGCACGCUUUGCUCGCCUCUCGUUUCUUCUUCAAAAGUCUUCUCUCUACGCGAACAUGUUGAAAGACCAGAUGGACCGUGCGCGCGAGAAACAGGCUGCUGUUGCCGCACAGGCAAAAUCCAAAUCCAAACCGCGUAGUAUGGUUCCCGGACGUGGCUCCGCUCGCGGGACGGGCAGACUACGCGAAGACAAAGACAGCGAAGACGCGCCAAACGCGAAGCGCGCCAAGGUUGUGCCCCCUGAAGACACCGCGAAGCCGAUAUUUGUGCAGCCUGCGUUGUUGACAGGCGCCACAUUGAAAGAUUACCAGCUUGAGGGCGUGGCGUGGAUGGUAAGUCUCUGGGAGAAUGGAAUCUCGGGGAUUUUAGCCGAUGAAAUGGGUCUCGGAAAGACCAUUCAAACAAUUGCAUUCAUUGCGUAUCUUCGCGUCCGUGUCGAAUCUCCGUUCUUGAUCGUAUGUCCCCUAAGCGUGCUUCACAACUGGAUGGACGAGUUCAAAAAGUUUGCCCCUGAUAUCGAUGUUUGUAUGUAUCAUGGUACACCCCAAGAACGUGCCCAACUCCGGAGAACAGCCAUGGCAUUACCCGUCGACCGUGUCGGGGCGACCGCUAAUUCAAAGGGCAGAGGCAGACCUUCGAAGACCGGCAAAAGCAAAGUCAAGCACCACAGCCGCAAGGUCAAGAAGCCAGAUUCAGAUUCAGAACGUGAGGACGAUGAAGUGUUUGAAGCGAGCGGAGAGCCGGUACCAGAGUCGGAUUUGGUGGAUUCGACUGAGCAGAAGUCAACGUUCCCAAUUAUCGUCACCACAUACGAGAUGGUCAUCAAGGAUCGUUUGCAUUUGGCCAAGUAUAAGUGGGGAUAUAUUGUCGUCGACGAAGGCCAUCGCUUGAAGAACAUGGAUUGCUUAUUGAUGAGGGAAGUCAAGAAGUAUACCAGCGCCGGGCGCAUGGUGCUCACAGGAACACCUUUGCACAAUAAUCUAGGGGAGCUUUGGUCACUCCUCAACUUUAUACUUCCAGAUAUUUUUGACGACGUUGACUCCUUUCAAGAAUGGUUCAACCUUCCGACUCUUUCCAACUCGCUCGGCUCUGAUAGGAGCACACAGAUCCUCAAUACCCUCCAUUCGAUUCUGAAACCUUUCCUCCUACGGCGGGUUAAAACCGACGUAGAGCGGUCUUUGCCACCUAAGAAGGAAUACGUGCUAUACGCACCGUUGAGUGAACAACAGCGCGAGCUUUACGACGCAGUCGUGCGUGGCGGACUGCGAAGGCUCCUCAUUGGCGAUGAACCUCAUGACAAAGCUGAUGCAGAAGCAACAGAUGCACAACCAGAGGAAGAGGAAGGGAAAUCCUCGAGAAAGUUGAGGAAGAGAGACAAGAAGAAGUACGAUGUCGAUGGAAACGAUGACAGAUCUUUCAAGCGCCUGGAGAAGGGCCAGGCCCAUGGGAUCGAAGAGCGAGAUACAGGGAAGAAUACGGCUGCGUUGGGACGAGAUCAUGCGUACAAGACGAGAGUCAAGAAUAUCAAUAACAUGCAUCUACAGAUGCCGAUCAUGCAAUUGCGCAAAGUAUGCUCACAUCCAUUCCUUUUCGAUUGGCCUUUAGACAGGAAUACGAAACAACCUGUAAUCAACGAAGAUCUGGUCAAUGCGAGUGGCAAGAUGAUGGUUCUCGAGCGGUUGCUAGACGAGCUUUUCCGACGCGGACACAAAGUGCUCGUCUUCAGUCAAUUCAAAACCAUGCUGGAUGUUAUCGAGGACUGGGCAACAGAAUACAAGCACUGGCCACUGUGCCGCAUUGACGGGGCGUCUGGGCCAUUAGAGCGACGCGAAGAGAUGAAUAGAUUCCAGAAUGGGGGUAACAAUCCAAAUGCCCCCCGUUUAUUUUUGCUCAGCACUAGAGCGGGAGGGUUGGGUAUCAACUUGACAGCCGCAGACACAGUCAUCUUUUAUGAUCAAGACUGGAACCCACAAAUGGAUCUGCAGGCACAAGAUCGUGCGCACAGAAUUGGGCAGACGAGACCGGUGCUCAUCUUCCGGCUUGUCAGUAAGCACACCAUCGAGAAUUCGAUAAUGCAGCGCGCAUCCGAGAAACGCCAGCUCGAGGCCCUCGUCAUCGCAAAGGGCAAGUUCAAGAUGCCUGCGCACGCUGCGGCGAAGGCAGGCAAGCAGGAGACAAUCGCGGAGAUGGCUACGUCGCUGCUCGCGCUCGAGGGCCAGAAGAUAGAGGUCGUGCCGAGCACCGAUGCGGGCAAGGCGAACAUCAUGAGUGACGAGGAGCUGGACGUUUUGCUAGACAGGCGGCCGGGGGUGUUUGAGGGUCGUGGAGUUGGGUGGACAAGUGGGAAGGCCAAGGAUGAGGGCAUGUUUGCAGUUUAUGAGGCUCCUGUGGAUGAGGGCAAUGAUGCGUUAGCGAUGAUGAUGGGAGAGGAGGUUUAG